AUGGUUGUGCUGCAAGGUUACAACGUGACAGUGCUGGUGCGGGACCCCACCAAGCUGCCCUCCGACCACAAGGCCAGCCGGGUGGUGGUGGGAGACGUGAUGAACAAAGAGGACGUGAAGAAGACCAUGGAGGGCCAGGACGCCGUCAUCAUCGUCCUGGGAACCCGCAGCGACCUCAGUCCGACCACCAUGAUGUCUGAGGGAACCAAGAACAUUCUGGAUUCCAUGAAGGCUCGUGGCAUCAGCAAAGUAGUUGGCUGCAUGUCAGCCUUCCUGCUUUGGGAUCGCUCCAAAGUGCCGCCGCGUCUCCUCCCUGUGACGGAGGACCAUGACAGGAUGUACAAAGUGCUGAAGGACUCUGGACUGGACUACGUGGCUGUCAUGCCUCCCCACAUCGCUGAUGACAAGCCUCUGACAGAGAAGUACGUGGUGACGGAGAACAUGCUGAAAGGGAGAGCCAUCUCUAAACAUGACCUGGGACAUUUCUUUGUCAGCUGUCUGUCCACCUCGGACUGGGAUGGCAAGACAGUGGGGGUGUCUGGAGAUUACAGUUAAUCUUGAACAGACCACCGGCCUGUCUUUCUGCCAUUCACCGCAUUGCCAUAACACACUGGAGGGAAAUGGUUCAUUUCACAUGACAGUGAAUUAAUUUUAGAUGAAUGGAUUAGCUGGCUUGUCCCACCUCGCUCCCCAUGCUUUGCUCCUCACGCCUUGCUCCCCAUGCCUUGCUCCCCAUGCUUUGCUCCCCAUGCCUUGCUCCCCAUGCCUUGCUCCCCAUGCUUUGCUCCCCAUGCCUCGCUCCUCACGCCUCGCUCCCCACGCCUCGCUCCCCACGCCUCGCUCCCCACGCCUCGCUCCCCACGCCUCGCUCCCCACGCUUUGCUCCCCAUGCCU